AUGGCUCCAUUGUUUCCCGACUUCCGCAAAAUAAGAAAGCGAGUGAAGCGAUCGCUGAACUAUGGGUCUAAGCAGCCGACAUCUCUCAACUACCCAUUAUCUCGUGAGUUGCCCUUCAAGCACAUGGAAAUGUCGGAUUUUAAAAUUUUCAGAACUCGUCGUACAUUACUUUGACAAGAAAAGCACAUUUGACUAUUUGGAACCAGACACGUCCGCCCUGAUAUCGAAGUGCGGAUACGCGGAUCCGUGCACUCUGGUAGUGGCUCUCGUUUAUUUGGAUCGGCUUCGAGUUAACAACAAGGAGUUUUUCGAGUCCACCGAUCCCUCUUCUCUCUACAUUCCCGCGCUCGUUCUUGCUUCCAAGUACAUGCACGAUGCCGAUACGUACGACCGUGUCUCCAACUCCGAAUGGGCAGAAUCCCUGAAUAUGAGCCCGAAUGACCUGAACACGAAAGAAUGGGAGUUAAUCACCAAACUUGACUGGAAUGUGUCCGUGAAGAAUGAAGAGUUCGAAAAUUACCUGACAUCGAUGGAGAAAUGGGUCGCUAAGUCGUUCAUUGAGAAGAACGAGUUCACUACGUACAAUGAAUUGCUUCAAUUGGUAAGAUCAAUGAACUACGAGUUUAUCGUCUUCAACACGUGUUUUUUAAGGCUUCGAUUGUACCGAUAAUCGACAUUGUAAAGCAGCUUGUCGAAGUACUGAGCUCCGCGUCUCUUAUCUACUGCCUCACUCUGGCCCUGAUGUCGACCACCCUGUCGACCGUUUCCGAGCCGUCUACGUCGACCGACGUCGCUCCAAAGGACAACAAUCAAACCUUCUCGCCAGUCUUUAUCUCCUCACGUACUGUCAUCGAGCCAAGUUCUGAUUUCACCUUUGAGUUCGACGAUAGUCGGUGGAUUUUGGAAGAAGACGUCGAUUUCGAGAAGGAGAAUGCGACCGAUUCUGCGACGGAGGCGUUGUGCCCGUUCAAGUCUGCACGACAAGCAAUCGAUCAGUUCCGAAUCGUGUUCUCUCCAUAUCUAUCGUGCUACCGACAAAGUUUUGAAAUGUUCAUAAAAUAGUCAAAUGCCAUUUAACCAUAAUAAUCAAAGUGCCUUGAUAAGUGUGUAAUAAGACCCCGUUUCGUUUUCAUUUCCAUGUAUGCAGGUUGUAAUCUGUUUUUGUUUUCCUCUUCUUUUUCUUUUUCUCGUUAAUUUCUUUUCUAGCCUCUGGUCAUCCGAAUAAACACGCUAUCACACCCCGCACUUGGUGAACUCUUGCCGCCCCGACAGUGUGCGCGUAUGACUGAAAAGAGGGCGACUGUUAUCGGACAGUCUUGUUAGUGUUAGUCUCUGCUAAUUUGAUUAUGAUGAUAACCAGCGACGAGUUGAAAGUGAGCGGAAAAAGGGUUGGACAAUUCGACAUCGAGCACAGGGAGAGUUUGCUCGUGAAGUAUUGAUUUUGGACUGACUGCCAUCUAAUCGUGUUCUCACUUUUAUUACCUCAUUUCAAGUUUAUGACAUAAAAAAAUGCAUCUUCUGUAAGUAUUGCCUACUUUUGAAUUCAGAAGACGUGCCCGGCAGAAUCCUUUCGCGCGCUUUUUGAAUUCUUUAAGACUAUGCAAACAACUGUUACUCAUUACGAGUAAAGAGUUCAAAAAGUUUACAAUAUUUCUGCGGAAAUACUUUUGCAUAAAUGUCAAAAGAACAUGUUCUUUCCCGAACGAAUUACUCACAAGGAAAGUCCUAGACCACACUAAUUUGGAAAAUUUUGAAAACAAUUCUGAAUAUUCUAGAACAUUUUCAAAACCUUUCCUGCUCUUCAGCAGUUCACUUUCCUUGUUUGAUUCUCUAGUCUAGAUUUAUUUGUCUUACUUCAGAAGUGUAAGUACACCGACAACGUUUUUGUCAAAAGGAUUCCGAGGAAAUGUUAGAAACAUGACAAUGUCAACACACCAUUUUACUAUCAUUCGGACUCUUGCAAACAGUUCUCUCUCUCUCUCUCUCUGCCACUUUUCCCCUUCCUCACAACUUCCAUUUCCUUUAAUCCUUCCGAACUCAGGUCGGACGCCGGAUGCGUCGGACCGAUGUCUUUCCAAUAUACCGCGCGACUUCUGCUCCUCCUGCCCUUUCUUUUCCCACUCUUCACGACAGAUCAGUUUUGUGGUGAGUCUCUCUCUCUGACGCUUUCAUCUCGAUUCGAUUCGUUUCCAGCCACCGACGGCAAUGAUACUCCGGUCAUCACCGAUCCGAACUACAUGUGCAAUGACGUGAACUUCUCGUCGAUCUCGAAUCCGCCGGUGCAAAACGCGUCACACGUACCCGUGCAUCCCACCGUCUCCCUCACUUUCUCCUCUUUCCAGACAAACUACUGCGACGUCGUCUUUCUGCUCGAUCUCGACGCGACGCUCACGACGGAGGAGAACUACACGCAGGUGAUCCAGUUCAUGAGCGACGCGACGACGACGUGCAUGAACCGAGGAGUCGGAUACGCAGUCUUUGCCUGGCCAAUGUUCAACAAUGUGAGUGCGUUUCGUUGAGUGGCCAAACGAUUACGGUAGAAUUCCACGUUGAAUUGCAUCAAUUAACAGUGGGAAAAGAGUGUAAAUGUAAACAUUGUACGGUAGAGUGUGCGUCGUAACAAUUCGUUUUCACGACGAAUGGGGGACACUAGAGAAAAGAGCACGGGAAAAAUAAUCGAGGGGUUUGCAGACGCUUUCCUGUCAGACGGAAGAAACCGUGUGCUGCAGUGCGGCGCAGUGCAAAACGGCGUUCGGAUUCAUGAACUACCGUACGUACGUGGGGCAGUACGACACUCUCGAUCCGAUCCAGCCGGUCACCUCUCGCUUCAACUUCUCCUAUACUCUGAUUUACGACGUGAGCACUGACCACAAUCAGCUGACAGAAUCAGACUGAUAAUAUUUUGCAGAUGAAGCGCAUAGCCAAACCGUCGAUGGCUUGCCUUUACAACAACUAUGUCCUCAUCACAAACCGACUUUUCAACAUUUCCGAACAGAAGGACAUCAUUGAUGAGCUCGAGAAGGAGAUGGGAAUCGGGUGCAUCACGUUCACGAUCAUCGCCGUGGGGAACCCCGCAAUCGACACGGAAAUGAUGUACGACGUGUAUCAUUCGGUCACUCUCAACACUUACGCGGUGCCCAGUUUCAAUUGUCUUGAUAUUCUCAAGGUAAGCUUAAUUUGUCACUUCAAAUGCCCCGUUCCUUCUCUUUUCAGAACUGCAUAAAGCCAUGCGGAACCGGAUCUUCACAAGAAUGCUACAAUGUCACUCUUGACGUGUGCGCCACUCCGACCACUACAGAAUCAACGUCUACCACGACGACGACGUCAACUCCGAAGCCGACGAUGAACCCGGAAUAUAUGAAUGACUGGCAGAUCACCUAUCUUUUCGCCAUCACCAACAAAACUACGCAGGAUCAGUUCAACCGGCUGGUCAAGUACAUUUCGGAUCCGCUGAAGGAAUGCGACGGACGUGCCAUGAUCAUUCGGUUUCUGGCGAGGAACAAUUCGGACUCGGACUGGAUAACGGACAUAAAUCUUGCGACCACAUACCUUCAGCAGUUGAAUACGACGAAGUGCUCAUUGGAUCGGACAAUCAAACGCUCCUUCCGGGCAACGACAACGUCACCUACGAACUCGUCUACACGGCGGUUUCGAAUGCGCCGUGCUACAACGAAGACGGCACCGUCCAUGUUCCUCGCGUCAUUCUGCUCACCGAUUACGUGUCCGAUGUGUUCGUCGCCCAGUACAACACGACUCUCUUGCCGCUUCUCGAACUUUACGAUUUUAGUAUUAUCGCGUUCACCGAGGAGGCGUACGACGGCUACAAGUCGAAGUUGGCCAUGAAAUCGUUUCAAAUCACAAACGACGAAGGAUAUCAGGACACGAAAGAACUGAAAAUGUGCCAGAAGCUAGGAUCGAACGUCACCACAAUCAUGUUCAUCAUCAUCGGAACGUGCUCCGGCGCCAUGCUCAUUUUGAUUCUGCUCACCGUUUUGUACAGACAAAAGUACAUGUGGAUGAGGAAAUUAAAGCGAUUCAAGACGUCCCACGUCCCAGAAGUCGAUGAAAAUGACGUCAUCGAUCACUGGGAGUUGUCGUGGGAUAAGUUAGUUGUGAAGAACGAAAAGCUCGGCCACGGAGCAUACGGCCACGUGUUCAAGGGAAAGAUCGUCGGAGUGCCGCCAGCCAUCGAAAAGUACAAUAGAGCGGAGGCGCUGGACUUUGCGGACUGUGACUGUGCGGUCAAGAUGCUUCCGAAGUACGCGACGGAAUCGGCGAAGCAAGAAUUCAGGCACGAGAUCGAGCUGAUGAAAAGUCUCGGAUUCAAUGAGCAUCUCGUCAACAUGCUCGGCUGCAUCACCGCUUCCGCCAAGUCCUGCCUUGUGCUCGAGUAUUGCUCGAGCCGAGAUCUUUUACGAUAUGUGAAACACAAAAAGUGUGACCUAGAGAUUGUAAGUGACCACUUUCAUUGUCCAACUUCAUCUAAUCCCCACUUUUUCCAGUCUCGAAGUGUGGACGACACGAUCGACAGCCACAAAGAGUUCCUGAAUUUUGCGUGGCAAAUCACUCAAGGAAUGCGAUUUCUAGUCGACAAAAAGAUAAUCCAUCGUGAUCUGGCCGCUCGAAACAUUCUGAUCACGGAGCAGUGCGGAAUGAAAAGUGCAAAAGUGAGCGACUUUGGCCUCGCCAUUUCAAAUGAACCGGCUGAGAAUGGAGAGGUCACCGGAUCGGACAGACUACCGAUCAAGUGGCUGGCACUCGAAUGUCUGGAAAAGGCAGAGUUCUCGCAUAAAAGCGACGUCUGGUCAUUCGGAAUCGUCCUCUUCGAGAUGUAUUCCCUGGGAGAGGUGCCGUUCGCCGAAAUCGAACCGACCGAGCUGAUCGCUCACCUCAAAUCGGGAGCCCGCCCGAAGACGCCGUUGUUGGCCACUGAAAAGGUGGAAGGGAUAAUGAGCACGUGUUGGGAGGAGAAGCCGAUGAAGAGGCCCGAGUUCGACGAGCUUUCUUCCGUGUUCGCCACGGAAUUGGAGCAGACGACCGAGGGGUACGGCUAUUUGGAACUGAUAAAGACAAAGGAUUACCGAGUGGUUGCCGAGGCGAUCCAUCAGACAACCGAUAAAGAGAAGGGAGGCACCGAAGAGGCCAUUUGCAUUGAUGAUCAUCCGCCGUACGUGACACGCAACAGGUCGGUCACGUGGAGGAGCAAAGCGAACGGAGAAGCCAAGUUGGGCAGGGAGUACAGUUUGACGACACACGUCUGCGAAGGUUCGUUGGGAAAAACAUAGAGAACAAUAUCAGUUGGGGGCAUUUUCAGAUGAAACAUCAGUUCCGAACGGCACUCCGAAACUUCCGGCCGACGGUCCUGAGAAGGACAAAAAGGAGAAGAAGAAGUCGUAUCUGAACAUGCCGAGCAUUCUUCCCUCCCUCAAUUCCAUCAAUCCCUUCUCGAAAGAGAAUGAAUUCAAGAAGACGUUCAAGAAGAAAUUCUACUCGAGAAGAGGUUCCGUUCCAUAUUAA